AUGGACUCCUUUAGCAAGGCGCGGGCAUUCUUUUCCAAAGCGCUGCCCCCGCCGCCACCAUCAGAAGACAGCAGCAGCGGCAGCGGCAGCGGCAACAACAACAACACCAGCAAAAUCAGCAAGGAUGAUACAAUCGGCAAUGCCAGCAGUUCCGGUGCGACCUCCAGCUCCAGUAACAGGGUGUUUCCACCGCGAACCACAUCUACCAAGCCGCCGCCGUUUUCUCCUCCUCCUCCUCCAUCCAAACUUGACUCGCCGCUCCCCCGCAUACAAGAACAAGUAGCUCCGUCGUCACUCUCUAAGGCCGAUUCGGUCCGUUCGCCCAUUCCUCGACGUCCCGUUGCCCUUCCGCCCUCUCCGAAACCCGUUGAGAAGGCUCCUACUCCGACCAAAUCCUCCUCCUUGCUAUCUCCUACUGUGCCGGCACCCUCGCAAACUCCUUUGCUGGCACCUCCGUCUCCGGCUCACUCUCUCUACAGCUUGAUUUCGGCCUACUCGAGGGAUUCAGAGGAACCAGCUGUGCCACAAGCGUCCCAAGCUACAGAAGUUUCCAAGAACUCGUCCCAUGUUUCUCCGUCACCUUUAGGUUCAGACGGUAAACCACAAGAAUCGCCAUAUACGCUACCGCCGCUCGAGUUCAAGGACUCCCCCAGUUCAGGCAUCAUGUUUGGGGAUGACAAGCCGCCACCACCGCCUAUCAAGGACGGUGUAAUACCUGCACGGAAACCUUUACCUCUACCAAGCAACACCAGCAGUGGUCAGCCAGCUGCGAAUGCUACUCAGGCCCCUCUGCCACCGCCGCCCCCGCCAGCCGAUGAUAAGAAACCGCAGCCUCCAGCUGAAAUUUGGAAGAGGCGAUCCGACAAGACAGACAAGCCCAUCGGGGUGUCUGAGCUCAAAUUGACGGCGACCAAUGGCUCCACUUCGGCUCCAAAGAUCAACAACACCCAGCCGGUGCAGUCCAUCUCAACGGUCAACUCGCCCCACAAUCCCGAGCUUCUGCAGCAGCCGGGUGCGAAUUUGUCGGCUCCUGAUGCGAGACUGAAAAGUCCGCAGCCUCCACGGAGUGGAGGGCUUCCUGGUAGAAACAUUCGUCCGAAUGCGGCCACUGAAACUCCAACUCAAAAUGGGUCCGAAGUACCCACGGCCGCUAGCGAUUCCCUGUCAAAAACUGGGACCAACGGUGCAGCCAAGCUGGUUGACGGCACACCGGCAGAGAACAAGAAGGAAAAUGUGACCGUACAAUCUCAACAAGAUGAUGCCGUGCGUAACCUUCCAGACUAUCACUCUCAAAAGCAAAGUCAACAGCAAGCCCAGAAGCAGCCAUCGAAUCAAUCCCCCGACGCCGGCAUUCGUCGCCUUCCCACUCCCGACUAUGAGCAACACGAUGUGAAGAGUCCCAUCGUUGAACAUGUCGCAUCGCCUGUGUCACCAGCAUCCUCGCCGGACUUGAUAAGCUCUUACUUGGAUAAGAAAAAACCAUUGCCGGUUGUUCCCUCUCCUGCUUCGUCGCCGGACCAGGGCCCAACCGUACCUGAAAAGGCUCUCAAACCACCUGCAAACAGUGCUGCAACUCUCCCGGCGAGCCCAGCUCCUAAGAUGGGCAACCUUUGCAGCCUCCCCAAGUCUCCUAGGCCCCGAACAGACACCAAGGAACCCUCGGUCAGCUCUACGAGAGGUUCGCAGACUACAAAGGCACAAGGCUCUGUCAAAGCCCCAUCAGUCACCGAGAAAACCGCCGAGUCAUCGACGCGAUCACUCCAAGACCCUGCACCAAACCCAACACCAGUUGCCCCAGCCAAAUCACUAGAAGUGCAAACACCUCAGAACUCCCAAGGGCAGGCGCAAGCACGAUCUUCGUCACCCAGCGUUGAUAGCAACUACAACGCCAACGCUACCAACUCGCGCGAUCAGUUUCCUGUCAGGACAACGUCCAAGGCCCAAGGGCUACCUUCUUCGCCGCUGCCCCGCCUCAAUCAAGAGCAGCAAAUCGCCCACUCCGCCUCAAUAACAGAAGCAUUCCUCGAGUCCGAUGCAAGCACGAGCCAAGUCUCUACCGUCAGGCCGACCACGAGCCAACAACAAUACCAACCGAACCUCCUCUCUCCAUAUGAACCCAGGCCCCCACCACCAGGCAGCGAUGGAACGAUUUACAAGGAGCUCGUGCAGAGCGACGACUUUGAUCCGGCUAUUGCUCGUUUCCCCGCGACCAAGCUGACCAGCGACGACGUGCUAUCGGGCUCCGUCUACAAGAUGAGGUCGCUGAGCCGGUCUCAGCUCAACUGCUUCCAUCGCCACCGCUUCAUGGUCCCUACGAGCAACACCAACUAUCCGUUGGCUUGCCAAACCUGCACCCGGGCGGACUCGGAGGACCGCUUCAGGUGCAAAUUCUGUUAUCUGCGCAUCUGUUCUUCUUGCAGGGACGUACUGGCACAGAACAGGGGUGAUUUGGAUGCACUCAUGGCGCAUGUCAAGACCCAUGGUAGCAGCACGGCGCACGCCCCCUUGGGCUCCACCAACAGCAACAUCGCUGGCGUUCCGGGCUUCCCUGUCGUGACCGCACCUGCGUGA